GUGAUCGACCAUCAAAUUUUCCAGAAGAUGCGUCACGUAAACCAGUUAGGCACCGCUGGUUUGGUGUACCCGAGCGCUACGCACACGCGAUUCGCGCACUCUUUGGGAGUCGGCUUCUUAGCGAAAGAAGCAUUGGAAAAAUUGGGAAAGAAGAUGUACCAAUUACAUCGUGAUCUCGUGACCGGUCGUAGUCAUAAGGCUUCCAGCCCUAACUCAUUUCCAGAAGCUGCAUCUUCCACCCCUAACCCAUUUUCAGAGGCUGCAUCGUCCUGAGGCUGUCUCAUAUAAAGACAACUGAUAAUCUGUCCCUAGAAGCUGUCCCUGUCCCAUAGGUAGGAACAAAGAAUCAUGAUCAAGAUGCAUCUAACUAACGAUGGAUAGAAAGAGGUGAACUCUAAUAGUCGGGUUAGAAGCUACGAUUCUAUCAAGUUACGACUCACCGACAAGGAUCGCAUUUGUGUGAUCGUAGCCGCACUUUGUCACGACGUUGGGCAUCCAGCUUUCUCGCACUCUUUUGAGCAUUUCAUG